GCUGCCUUGAUUGGGCAACAGUCAGCCCAGACGGCCCGGCAUUCGAAGCUUCGAAAAGUCGCAUCGUUAAACGAUCAGACAACGAGAGUGCGUACCGAGUGCGAUUUUGCGAUGGCUCUUCCGGCAGAACUCGCGGCGCGCUCAGCGCUGUCGAGAAUAUGCACACGAUGCUCGGUAUCUCUCAGAAGGCAGGGCCAGACACCCAAUGGCUUUCUCCAGACUUCCCGGCAACAACGGCGCUCGCAGUCCGGGAAGAGCUCCUCGAGGACGAUACCCCAGGUCGACAGUAUUGCUACACCCGCCGCUCGAACAAGCAAGAUCCAAAACCCCGUUGCCAGGCGAUUUUCCUCCGGGCUUGCGCAAACCAACUUCACCUCGACCGCCGCCCCCUCCGAGUCACAACCGAAGCAAGUUCUAGGGGCAGACGACCUCCUCCACUCCUUCACAAACUCCCCGAUCCCCGCGAUCCGGAAGCGGGCGGCCUUCAUAAAACAACAUGCGAGUUGUCUCCACCACCACCAUCAGCCAGGCGGUUCCAUGGCCCCGGCCCAUGUCAAUUUCGAGUGCCCCGACUGUGGAAUUCCGGUUUAUUGUAGCAAGGAACACUGGGCAGACGAUUAUGAGGCGCACCUGGAGAUUUGCGACACACUGCGCCAAAUCAACGAGGAUGACCACGACCUCCAGUCCGGCCGCUCGUUCCCCGAAUUCGAAUAUGCGGGGGAACAAAUGGACGAUGCGCUGAUCAACAUGUCCAGCUGGGAUACCUUCUUGUAUACGCGACAGUUCAAUGCCAUCAAUACCGAUCGGAGUAUGAGGCAGGCGACAAGGCUGCUAACGUACCCCGUUACGAUCGGGAGCAUCCUUCACGAGCUUAGCCCUUACAACAUCAAAGCUGGCGGCAGGAUCACGCCCGAGGGUAUCAAGAGCUUUAGCGCUCUGCGGUACACUCUCCACCCGGCAAAGACGGGCGGCGGUGAUGAUAUUAAGGGCCUCCGAGCGCAGGCCCCAGCAGUACGCCUCUUCAUCCUCGGCGCCCGGGCCGAAUCAUCACUGCCUCGGGAUGCCUGGAUUCAGUUGGCGCAUCUCUUCCCGCUCUCGAGGAUUCACCUCAUCUUCAUCGGCCCGGAGAGCAUGCUAAAUAGGGACGAUGAGUUCCCGCUCCCUCCGCGGACGCCUACGAACCCCUUUGGCGCCAUUGUCGAGGACCGAGUAUGGCCGACAAUGAAGAUCAGCACCAUUGUCGACUACUACCACACCAUUCACAAGACUGGCCAUUUCUACCCCUACGACCCCUACUUUGACUGCUUUGUCAUGUUUCACCCGGGGUUGGGGCACCCCGCUAGCUCACAUGAGUGGGAGGAGACGUUGCCCAUGCUUUUGGAAACCAAGGCACCCAUUAUCGUCACCGGUUACACCCAAGCCGACAUGGAACGCGAUAUUGAUUUUGUCAACAAAACGGCAGCUGGAGAGUUCGAUGUCUUGAUGGAGCCCGGCGAGAACAAGUUCCGCAGCUUGCGAUGGGAUUUGAAUGAUCUGGACCCUCAGGACAUCAGCGCCGGUAACUGGGGCGUGUGGGCUUUCAGGGGCAAGAGAUACGAGACAACGCACAAGUCUACCGAACAGUAGUUCUCGCGC